AUGGCGCCGCCCGCGCUGCCAGGGCAACCGCCGGCCGCCCGCGCGGGGCCUGCCGGGAUCCUCCCGCCCACGAGCCGGCGCGCGCGGGGCCUGCCGGGGAGCUCCGCCCCGCGCCGCGCUGAUCUCGCGAGAGCCGGGCGCGGCAUGGCGGCGGCGGCCGGGCAGCGCGAGGAGAACGGGUGCUGCGGCCGCGGCCCGCUGGGGGGCGGGGCGAGCCCCGCGGACUCGGACGGGGAGGCGCCCGACUCCCCCUACGCCCGCGCCCGCCGCCAGCUGGAGACGCUGCUGAACCGGCCCAUGCGGAUCCGCAUGACGGACGGGCGGACGCUCGUCGGCGGCUUCCUCUGCACCGACCGCGACAGCAACGUCAUCCUGGGCUCGGCGCAGGAGUAUCUCAAAGCCAGCGACUCGUUUGCGGCCAGCGAGCCCCGCGUGCUGGGCCUGGCCAUGGUGCCCGGCCACCACAUCGUCUCCAUCGAGGUGGAGCUGGAGAAUCUGAGCAGCCCCCAGUACCUGUGAGAGGCGCCCGGCCGAGAGACCUGCCCAAGGACCUGCCCGCGGGGCGCUGCCGGGCACCGGGGCUGGCGGCCGGGGGCCGCUCUGCCCAUUAAAGCCUGUGGGGAGCCCA